CAGCCUUGUCCUUUUAUGUAAAACCUCCGACCAACGGACGCCCCCAAGACCGUCUAAAGGAUCGCAAGCGCGCACUACCGACGCCGUUUUAACCACAAUCUGCAAGUGGGCCGAACUCAAUCAAAUUAUCUGAUCAUCAGAUAAAGCAAAUUUGUUCUUGAACCCCACCAAUCCAGGGCCCUGACCUGUGAGAAUCUAUGCGUAGCGUCCUGUUGGUCUGCCCAAAUGGCCCUGGUCCUUGCUGUUUCUCAACGCUAGUGCAAGCGAGGGCUUGGAAUGUAACUCGGAUUGCCAACCGGAUUUUCCCGCCACCGCCGCCCCGGUGGGCAAACAUGGCGGUAUUUAGGAAUGGAUCUGCCCGUGGACGGAGGAGCUGUCUGAUCUGGCACUCACAACAGUCGCGAUAAGAUGAAGUUCAGACUUCCCCUCAAGGCGGACGAGGUCCCUGUGACCGAGGAGGAAGUUCGACACGACAAUGAAGCCGUUCCCGAGUCCUACAGCAAGGAGGCACAGGCAUCGGCCCCUGCAGUUGGGUCGGACAGCGAGAGCGAGCUGGUCAAUCCAAACUUCCAGCAUGGUGUGCAGACGGCGCAGGCCAUGACCCAAGUCUGGUCGAUGCAGCAUAUUAUUCUGGCUUAUGCUCUGAUUUGGAUCAUUCACUUCGUCAUGGCCUUUGCGUCCGGAAUCAUCGGAGUCCUCACGCCAUAUGUCACCAGUUCCUUCCAGCAGCACUCCUUGACGGCCACGACGCAGAUCUUAUCCAGUCUCAUGGGCGGUCUAAUGAAGUUGCCUUACGCCAAACUCAUCGACAUCUGGGGCCGACCGCAGGGUUAUGCGCUGAUGCUCGGCUCCCUCACGGUCGGUCUGAUCAUGAUGGCCGGCUGCAAUAACGUUGAAACAUACUGCGCUGCGCAGGUCUUCCACGCGAUCGGCACCAGCGGCAUGAACUUCACCAUGGAUAUCUUCAUCGCCGACACCUCCGCCCUCAAAAACCGAGCCUUCUGGAUCGCGUUCAUCGCGUCGCCCUACAUCGCCACCACCUGGGCAUACGGUCCCGCUGCAGACAGUGUGCUCCAGACGAUGGGAUUCCGCUGGGGAUUCGGCAUCUGGGCAAUCAUCCUGCCCGUCGUCUGCUCGCCUCUCUUCUUCCUCUUCUACUACAACCAGCGGAAGGCCAUCAAAGCAGGACUGGUGCCCGAGCGCACGAGCAACCGCUCCUGGUGGCAGUCGGUUGUAUACUACCUGAGGGAAUUCGAUGCGCUGGGCCUCCUCUUCCUCGUUACCGGUAUCGCGCUCUUCCUGCUCUCGUUUAACCUCUACACCAAGCAGCCCGACGGAUGGCGCUCGCCGCUCAUUAUUUGCUUCGUGACGAUCGGCGGUCUCCUCAUCAUCGCCUUCGCACUGUACGAACGCUUCUGGGCCCCAGUCACCUUCAUCCCGUGGAAGCUCAUGAAGAACCCGACCGUCUUCUUCACUUACACCAUGGCAGCAUCCAUCUACACGGCCUGGUACAUGUGGGACAACUACUUCUACUCCCUGCUGAUCGUCGUGAUGAACCAAUCCGUCACCCACGCCACAUACAUCACCAACAUCUACACCGUGGGCUCCUGCUUCUGGAGUCUCGUCAUGGGUGUUCUGAUCCGGUACAACGGCCGUCUGAAGUGGACCGCACUCUACUUCGGUGUCCCCAUCACCAUCCUCGGCGUCGGCCUGAUGAUCAAAUUCCGCGAAGCAGACACUAACAUCGGCUACAUCGUCAUGUGUCAGAUUUUCAUCGCUUUCGGCGGCGGCACGCUCGUCAUCUGCGAACAAAUGACCGUGAUGGCCGUGUCCACGCAGCAGGAUAUCCCCGCCGUCUUGGCUAUCGAAGGCGCUGUAAUCUCGAUCGGAAGUGCCGUGGGUUCUACGAUCGCCGGUGCCAUGUGGAUGGGCAUCUUCCCCGAGAAGCUGAUGAAAUAUCUCCCUGCGAGUGAGAUGGAGAAUUUCGCCAGCAUCUAUGGCGAUUUGAAUGUGCAGGCGGCAUAUCCGAUCGGGAGUGACGCGCGGAAUGCGAUCAAUCGCAGCUACAGCGAGACGCAGCGGCUGAUGUUGAUUGCGGCGACUUGCUUGUAUAUCUUCACCCUGGGAUCGGUGGUUAUGUGGAAGGAUGUGAACGUGAAGAAGAUUCACCAGGUGAAGGGUCGGAUUCUGUAGACAAUGUUGCUGGUCAACGGCGAGGACAAGGGGUGCUAAG